UUCUCAGUGCAAUAUAAUGACAACAAUUAUCUAAUUUGAACACAUUUUCUAUUUCUCAGACGUUUAAAUGGCGACGCAGAAGCCUAUGGAUGAAUUUGAGGAGGAGUGGAGGACUACAUUAAGUUGGAAGUUAGGACCAUUGCCGGGAAGUACAAAUACAAGAAGAACUUGCGCGGCAAAUGGAUGUUGUUCUUCAAGACUGAUUACAUGGACGACAUGUGGACAAAGGCCGUAAAGCUCUACAGGGCUGGAGAUUUACCAGGCAUAAUUGCCAUUAUGACAUCGACUGGCGCCCCUUACCACCGCGCAAGAAACACUGGCCGCGGCACAAUACGCUUCUUCUGCGGGCCUCAUACGAACCGGAAACUAGUUCUUCAAUACGGGCAACAGUUGGUCGAGAAAAUGCAGUAUUUUUGUGAUAGUUUUGGCUCCGUUGCCUACAAGGCAGAUUUCAAAUCGAAAGUGGUAAGAAAUGCAACCAUUGCUCAGAAGAACUAUCUCUACCGCUUACCCGUUCCCACGUUUGACCAUCUGGAACAGAGGUCGGGCAUCAGCUCGGAACCACCCAUAGAAGUACCGUCUCGGGAACGCACUCGUCCGUGGAUCACUGAAGUGGUCGCGGAUUUCAUCGACGAUGCAGCGGAUCUCGAUGAUUAUUGCUGUUGGGUGAUGCAAUUUCCUAAAGGAACCCCUCAUGACUCAGCUUGGGUGGCAGCAUGUCGUCUCUACCGUAGCGGUGAACUCGACCACAUCGCCUUUAUACAAACCUCAACUGCCGAAGCUGCUCCUGGAAACGAUCAUAGGAGUCACGGAGUAAUACAUUUCUAUACCCGCUUGCUGACCGAUUUGAAGGAGUGUAGGGAUAAUCUUGAAAAGAAGUUAGAUUCUUCUGCAAGCUUUACGAUGUCCCAAUCUGCAAAAUAUAUAUCAGCACUAUCUGCACGCAUUUAUUCAGCACAAUCUGCGUGCUCUAAAAAGCCACAAUCAGCGCACCUCCACGCACCACAAUCUGGACGUCUUAGCGCGCCGCAAUCUACACGUUUCAACACGCCACAAUCUGCACGAUUCAAGGCGCCACAAUCUGCUCGCUUCAACACGCCACAGUCUUCACGUUUUAACUCGCCGAAAUCUGCACGAUUUAAAGCGCCACAAUCUGCACGCUUCAACACUCCACAAUCUGCACGAUUCAAUGUGCCACAAUCUUUUCGCUUCAACACGCCACAAUCUACGCGCCUCAAAGCGCCACAAUCUUCACGCUUCAACAUGCCACAAUCUACGCGCUUCAACACGCCACAAUCUGCACGAUUUAACACGCCACAAUCUACGCGCUUCAACACGCCACAAUCUGCACGAUUUAACAUGUCUGCUGGUCUGCUAGUCUGCUGGUCUGCUAGUCUGCUGGUAAACACAUGA